GCGCUCACUUGCACAUUCUUUUCUAACUGCUUAACCAAAUAAAACGCUGAAUGUGCACGAUUGCAUGUGUGUGUUGCACUUUAAUCAGUGUAUUAUUGAAUCGAUCGACGGAUUUGAAUAAUUUUCUGAGCGAAUAUAUAUAUAUCUAACAUGCUUAACCACAACCAAAAAAUACAGCGUCGUGAAUAUUUUAAACCCUUUUGUGCGGUUGGCAACUUAUUCGAUAUCGAUUUUAUUGUGCUAUUAUAACUAAUUGAAUUUCCUUAUUUGCUGAAAUGUUGGGCUAAGCACGAUCAAGCCUAUCGAGCAGUGUAUAAAAACCUGAUUACCUGACCUAGACACCAUAAACUAGCCAGUUUUACUGGCACAUAAAUAUUUAUUGCAAUUUGUUCUUAUAUGUGUAUCAACAAACAACAAGGAAUUGAAAGUCACAAACAAACCAGGUCGGUCUGUCUUCAGUGUGAAAGUACAUCCACUAAAAACUAAUUUUUUGUCUGUCUCCUAGUCCUAAUUCUUCUUAACUAAUUACGUUGUCGGCAGGCUGAUUGACAUCAGACACUAAGGAUGAAUUAAUUAAGAAAGUGACUAAUGAAUUUCCUUUCUGUUUCGCACGGAUGAAUGAAAAACUGGGUCUCAUUUUUUGUGUGACCGAGGUGGUGUUCCGUUUUGUACAAAAAAACGUGCAAAAAUUACACAUGUACAAUUUGCAGUAUUUUAAAAUUUUUCUCUGAGGGAAGGAAUAAUAAGAUACAUAUGUACCUACAUAAGAAUAAGGAUAAGAGUAGAUAUGGACCAUGUUUAUAUGAUCAGGAAGGCAAUAAAGAUUUUUUUACAGUCUUCUUAAACAAAUAAAUAAGCACCGAGUCAUUGUUUAUGUACUGUCCGAGUAGGAAAAGUCAUGCUGCAGACGUCUCUCUCUUAUUCCAUUCAUAAACUAAACCCUAAGAUAAGUAAGUAAGUAAAUAGAUCAUUCAUUUCAUUCUUCCUCAAUUCCUAGACUGGAGGGAGAAAUACGUAUGCACACAUCUUGCUAAAACUAUGUAUACAAACGGUUCAUUCGUAAAAAAAUCACCUCUGCCUCAUUGGUAUUCUUAAAGGAAGAAGAAGCGAGUGGAUUCGCUCAUUUUUUUAUCACCUAUUAUCUUGUGAAUGAGUGCUUAUUCUUGCAGUCACGACCUGACGAACUUAGCGAGGAACUUGCAUUAAAAUUAUGAUGGGGAGAUUAACUCCAAGACUUAUGAAGCCCCGUACAAAUAAAUAAUAUUCACAUAUGAAUGAAUAAAGUUAUUACAAAAUUAGCAAAAUUCACCGCAAAAGCCAAACUAAUCCCUGCUAAAUCCUUUUACAUAUGAAUGUGCACAUACACAAAUAUUAAAUAAGUUCACGUACGUAGUCCCCUCACUCACUCAUAUUUUGCCAACAAUGUAAAGACGUGAUUGUGAACAAAGCUUGCACAAAUUACAUAUUCUGAUGCUUCCCUAUAGUUUUAACUUGCAAAGAGAGGUCAAAGUUCGAAAACCAUGAAGAAAUCAUAUCCACCGCUGCGCUUUUUAUUUAACACAACUCUUUCUUCUCGUAUAAUUGCUGCCAUUAUCGAAAUAAUUUUGGCUGUUGCAUUACCUUUCUUUUGGUGGUUAAUGGUUAAGUCAGAGUUUAAUAUGCAUGCGGUCAGAGGAUGGAUGCGAGAGUCAAAUUGCAAAUUUUAUGCCGGAGGUUUGCUAUUAUAGAUAAACCCCCAUUUAUGUAUGUAUUAUCUGCAUAUAUUGCUAUGCAUGCGUUCGUAACUUUUGCUUUUACUGUCAUUCAGCAGACAAUUCACGAGAUAAAAAUGACAGGUGCCCAUAUAAUACAAUUAUAUAUGAUUUUAGCCUCUCUCUCUCCACGGCCGUCUCCUCGUCCGUACGUGAGGAUGAUGAAUGAUGGAUUCAAACUCAAACUAUUGUGCUGACAGUUUAGCUUAAAGUUGAAAAAAUUACUGCCAACAUUAUCGCAUCCUAAUGUUGUUGCACACUUUAAUUGCAGGAUCUGCCACACAAUUGGACAAAUGUAUCAACACCAUGAAAUAUAUGCAUGCAGGAGAAUGGGAGACAUUACUACGCAUCAUUAGACGGCAAGAUUGCGGCAGGUUUCUAGAAAUUUAGAUUACAAAGUUUCCGUCAUGGAGACAACUCAUAAUCUGACAAGCCAACGAAGAAAGUAUUUUGACGUCGCUAAAUUCUUUCUAAAUUCGCCUGCUAAACGGAUUUCAUGCCAAAAGCGGAUACACAUAGAUAUUUUUAUAUUUCUUUUUUCGUAAGGAAAAAUCGGUGGGAAAAUGACUGGGAAAGGAAACAAGGUUCAGAAGGAGAUGUGGAACUGGGAGUGGAAAAAAGCAAAGCCUGUGGGAAAAGAUGAGAAGGAAGCGACUCCUGCCACCAACGAACCGGAAGUUCCAGAGGCAGGGGAAGAAUCCAAGUAUCAGUACCCGCUUAUCUGUAUGUCAGAAAUCCCGAAACAGUUUGAGACCGAGAUGAUGGACACCAUAAUGUCAGCCGUGGACCGAUUCACGACAGAUUUGCCAAAAGCGUGUCAGUACAUCAAGCAAGAGUUUGACCGCUUGUAUGAACCUUUGUGGCAUUGCGUCAUCGGACAGAGCUAUGGAUUUGAUGUCACUUAUGACCAGAAGUCCAUCAUGUACAUGUUCUAUCUUGGCAAUCUGGCAAUUCUCGUCUGGAAAUUUGUCACCUUCUAAAAAAUUUGAGUAUCCCGUAUGAAAUUAUAACUUUACAGUCUGUAAUUUGCCUGCGAUUCUUUUAGAAAAAUAUAUAUGUCGAGUCAGAGUAUCCUCUACCCAAUUGUGUAUGUAUAGAAUAUGGGGAAAACAAGAAAUAAAAGCGAUGUCAAUUCAUAUCAAGAUAA